CAAUGAGGGAGGGAGGAUCCUAGACGAUGAUGCAUUCACAAUUUCACAUUCGCAUCCCAGCGUGUAGCCCAGCGUCCGAACUGCCUCCAUCCGAACUUUCACCACACUGUACCAUGCGAAUAUCUUACUGCAACGACUUCCGCCAGUGAGAAGCUCUGUCCAGUGGAGAGCAUUCAUUUAGAUCCGCCCCGCAACCCCCGCGUAGAGCAUGGCGACGCGCUCCCUUGAUUCUAUCUUCUUCCUCUCCGUGAUUUCGCGGCGCGCUCCUAUCCCCGCCGACCAUUCUGCCACUGCAAGAGUCCCCGCCUCGCAACCCGCGCGCCCGCCACAUUCUUAUGGCCGACGCGAUCGCCCGCUACCGCGCACCUCCUCAAUAUCCGCAGUUUGUGCAGCACCUGUCGUUUCCGCAGUCUGGUUCGAUGAGGACGUGGAUGACCACGUGGACGAUGCGCUUGCGGGGUGGGAACGUAGCAGCGCAGGUCGGCGCGGGGUGGGACGACGGGGGAAGCGCGGCGAUAACGCAGAGCAGGCGGGAUCGCGUGCGGCCCGCAGGAGGGGAAAAGGCCCGAAGCGCGAUCGGGGGGGGGGAGUGGCUGACGUGGACAGGGGGGGCGAAAGGCAGGGGAGCAGAGCGAGUGGGGUUGAGGGCAGGAGAGUGAGUGGGAGUGGAAUAAGCAGCAGCUCUCCCACGACUGGAGAGGCAAUGGCGCCUGUUGCGGCGAAUCAAGUGUUACAGGAGGGGAUACCAGACGCCACGGCCACUGCUGCUGCUGCUGCUGGUGUGAGUGCAGCAGCCUUUGGUUUCAGGCAAGCUCAGUCAACCCCGCCUGGCACAAAUCAACCACCAGCAGCAGCAGCAGCAGCCUGGCGGGUCGUGGGGGACGGACCAUCUUCGCCUGCCUCCCCCUCCGCCUCGUUUGUGAAGCCGCUCUCCACGCUCUACCCUCGUGUGCCCUGCCGCGUCUGCCAAGAUACUAAGCUGGUGGAGUGUGCGUGUUGCGAUGGUUUGGGCACACUGGCACGUGGCGGCUUCCAGAAGAGAAACCCUGUCUCUGUUCCGAGAAUCAUAGGCUCCAAGUGGACAGCCAUGGAGCGCACCUUUGGCUGGCGUCACUUCAGGGUGGCAUCCAAGCGGAGAAUGGGAAGCACUGCUGCAGGCAGAGGCAGAGGAGCAGGGACUGGGGAAGCUGAAAUGCUGGCGGAGAGAGAUGCAGAUGGAGCUGGCACUGCAAUUAUUGUGUGGGAGGUUCCUGGAGGGUCAGCAUCAAGCUCGGAUGCAGGAUCUGGGGACGACUGGUUUGUGCAGAUGGUGGCGACAUGCGACCCUAACACGCGAUUUUGGGUGAAAGCACGCUACCUUAAGGAUCGAAAGCACUGGGCAAUGGGCUGGCUGCAGAAGGAGGAGCUGCAAGCCAUGGGGACAUCCUUUGCUAAUAAUGAAUUUGCUGGAAUUGGGACAGGAGUGAAUGGAGGGAAUAGUGAUGGCUUGUCAAAACGUUUGGUAUGCAAGGCAUGUCAAGGCCAGGGCAAGAUCGCCUGUCCCAGAUGCAAAGAGCUGGCAGAGAUGAGGGAAAAGGAGAGAGAGCGAAGGAGGAAUGAAGGUGGAAGAGAUGGGGCUGAUGAUGACUUCCAGGAUGAUGGAUUGUUAGAGAUAAUUGAGGUUUGACACAUAAACAGGGGAUUCAAUGGGCUGCAUGGACUGGAAUCUGUCACCUGGAGCAAGUUCUCACAUCAUUGCAGCCCCUAUGUAUUUUGCAUGAUGUUCAGCCAAGUUA